CCGGACGAGAGAGAGACGAUAGAGAGAGAGGCUUUAUAAAUCGCGAGGAUGCAAGUCGUAGCAGUGACACCUCGGCCGACGACGGUGAAAAACGCGCGACGCGAUCGACCGCGAGUGCCGAGCGCAUCUCUUACGGCUUGACGCGCAAGAGUGCCGGGCGCGGCGGCAGGACCGCGAUUAAAGGGACAUUGGAGCGAAAGCGGAAAGUUUCCCCGCCGAUGAUCGACGACCGUCUCAUCAACCUUCCCGGUGCGACUAUCUCGAGGAGACGAAAUAAGCCGAGAUAACGAAUCUCGCUGGGCUUCGUGGAGAACGUCAAGAACGACGUCCGCGCCGACAUCUCGUAUCGCCGCGACGCGACCGCGCGAGCACAGUCGGGUGGGUCGUUCACGUCGGGUCCAUUUGACCGGUCAACUGUCCUCCUGAACGGACCCGGCCGGAACUCGCCAUCCCUUCUCGAAGAAGGAGAUUGGGAGAUUCUUUGGACGCACGAGCGGUCGACGCGCUGCCGCGGCCGCAUCGAUCCGUUGCAAAUUGGAUUGCCGUCGCUAAAACUGGUCAGCAACAGCCAAGCCACCUCGGAGUCGGGCGGGAGACUCGCGACUCGGUGACGUCGACAUCGACACCAACUUGUUUCGCGAGUAACAAGCGAGUGAAUUUUUGCGCUCUGCCCCGGAGCAGCGCAUCGGUUAAUUCGUCGCGGAAUAGAAGCGCCGUCGCACCUGGGAUGCGCCACAAACGAACGUAAGAGAGAGAGAGAGAAUAGAGAAAGAAAAAAGAAAAGGGACACAGAGAGAAGUGCACGCGUGCAAGUCGCGUGUGCGCGGAUGAUACUUGUCAACGGAGGGCCAAUCGGAGCCGCUCGACGAGCUGAUCGAGUCUUGAAAAGCGAGAGGAUGCAGCCAGGGGUGACAGUGGCUCUUGCCACGGUCUGGCUGGCGGUGGCGGCGGGUGUGGUAGGAGCAGUCACCCCGCGACCCCUCCGCCUCUCCCACGAUCAAUACUCCCCCGCGUCCCCAAGCCGCCACGGAGUUCAACAGGACCAGGCUGACUGGAGGGAUCACGAUCCGGCCAAGGAUCAACCGCUCGACCUUUGGAUCAGCUCACAAAGGUCGAUUUCUGCGGAUGACUCAUCUGGCCUAUCUCGCAACAGCGAGCGAAAUUUCCCUUCGGAAGAGCUCGUGAAGGACGUCGCUUUGUCAAAGCAAAACUCCCUAGCUCCGAGUUGGCAGGCAUGGCUGCUGAAUAUCGGCGGCUCGGAAUUCGCGGCCGACAAAGUCGAUUACGGCGGGAUGCCGGAAACGCUUCCGCGCGAGGUGCCCCUUUCAGAGUCGGACGAUCCCUUUGUAGCGGACGACACGUUCCAGGAUCAAGGCCCCGGCUCGGUGGAGAUAUACAAAUUGGAUCUGUCGAAAGAGAAGGCCCUGUUGACCGCCACCACGCCCUCCGUGGAAUUGCCGACGAAGAACAAGAGCAAAGCACCAAAGAAGGUCGAUCGCGUGAGUUCGAAGACGAAGACGACGGAGAUUAAGUCAACGACCAGUCCGGAGAGCCUUCACAGACAAUCGAACUUCUUCGAGGAGCAACGAACCGAGACGCCGGUCAACAGGGACGCCUUCGGCGUCGGUGGCGUGCCGGAGCUACAGGUUGGAUGCGAGGGCCUCGCCGCGUGGUCCCACAAGACGAAGAGACGAUCGAUAGAUACAUCCGACAAGGAAGAGGAAGUGAAUGCGCCGGCCGUGUUGCCGGACGCGUCGUCGAUGAUAGUGAAUCUCGACUACGAUUCCACGGUCGGAAACGAGGAGGACUACGAGGAGGUGGACGAGUUGUUUAGAAUCAGGAAAAUGGAGGAGCUCGCCGCGAAGAGGAAGAAAUUGAACCGAGGCGACAUAGACCCCGUUCUCAAUGCCCACUACCUGAACGAUCAUCGGCCGGACCAGUUGCCGGUUCGAGGUGAUCUGGGUGAAAUCGCGUCGAAAUCAAGAAUUCGCCGGGAGAAUUCGCGAAAGUCGGACGGUCAGGCCAGAAUGAGAGAUGACGAGGGGGUCAACGCGAAGCGAGAGACCGUUUCGCCGGACGAUGAUAGCAAGAGUCGCGGUCGACGGUUGCUGGGGCUCGCCGAGGCAAAUACCGAGGGAUUUGCGGACGACGAGAGGAAGCGUGCGAAGCGGCGGACCGAUUGGGGCUUCGGCGAGGACGAGGGCGUCGUGUCCAGCGACGAGCUGCAGACCGUGAACGAGCGUCGCCGGCAGCACGAAAUGCGAUACCACCAGGACGCAGGGAAACACGAGCGGCAACAACGCGAGCCGAAUUCUGAAGUCGAUAAUAUCAGGCGGGAAUACGACCGGAUGCUGGAGCAGAAACGAAGGGAGGAGGAAGAGCGGCUGCGACGGAUGCAACGGGAUGGCCAAAGGACGCCGAGCACAUGGCAAGAGCAAGAGGAAAGGAGAAGGGACGAAAUGCGGAGGAGUCGGUAUGAAGAAUACCGCAGGCGGACAGAUUACGUCUCAACUCCUCGCACAAAUGAUGAGGAAGAGCGAAGACGGCGACUGCAGGAGGAGAACGCGAGGAGAUCGGGAUCUACGAUGCCGGUAAGCGACGAAGAAGCGAGAAGAAGAGCGGAAGAACGACGAAGGUUGGAAGAAGAGCGAAGACGCUCGCAGGACGAAGAAGCCAGGAGGAGGCAAGAGCAGUACAGGUCGCAGCAAGAAGCGCAACGGCGGAAAGAAGAAGAGGAAAGAAGGCGAACGAGUCAGAAGGAUCCCGCGAGAAAUCAUUCCGAAGUGUACAGAAGAAGACUAGACGAGCAUCGUAGGCAAUGGUCGGAAAGACAAAGGCAAGAAGAAAAAAAGAGGCGACAACAGGACCGAGAGGGAAACGAGGUGGUGCCGGCGAACCUGAUGCGCUCGGGAUAUCAUCGAGUCGGUCACCCGAAUGAACUCAGACAACGCGACUGGGAGCGAGAGAGGCGCGUACAAGAAGAGGAGAGACGGCGAGAACAGAAGCUGCGGGAAUACAUCGCGCGGAAUCGACCCAUCAACGUGAAUCGAACGAACGAGAGAAACGACGAUGAAUAUCGCAGGCGACAAGAAGACGAGCUCAGGCUUCAGGAUUACAACAGGAGGAAACAGUCAUCGAACGUACCGCCGAAGAGCAAUCAGACGAUCGGUCGCGAAUUGUUCGACGAGAGGAGGCUGAUCGAGGAGGCCAGGCAGCGCAGCAGACACCCUGAUCCAGGAGCGGCGAAAAGACGCGGCCCGUGGGCGCCGACGUAUAUCGAUCCGCGAAACCCGCUGGAGGAAGUCAGGAGGAGGCAGGAGGAGAGAGUGGCGAGGGAACGGCAGCAGAGGUACGAGGCGGAAGAGCGACGGAAGGAACUCGCCAGGCGACAGCAGGAGGAAGAGGCGAGGAGGCUGCACGAGGAACGAAGGAAAGAGGCGGCUAGAAGGGAGGAAGAGGUGAGGAGGGAGCAGUCCAGGAGGUAUGAGGAGGCCAGGAAGCGUCUGGAGGAGGCGAGGGUGCAAGCUGAGAGACGGAGGCAAGAGACGCAGAGGGAACGCGGCUGGGGUGGAGGUCGAACCGUCGGAGGAACGAGACAGCCGGAAGCCACGAAGUCGCCCGAUCAGGACCCUCGUUUGCAGCAACACAGAAGGACACAGGACAGCCGACCGAUUCCGAGCUAUUUGGUACGAGACGACUCCAGGCUGCUGGCGGAGAGGCUGAGACAGCAGGAAAGGGCCCGGUUGGAGGCCGAAAGACGACGGCAAGAAGAAGAGAGCCGGAGACAGAAGGUGGGUGAUCCAUGGAAACAGCAACAGGAAGUAGCUAGACUACACACACUGCCGAUCAGCGCUAGGAUAAUAGUUCGCCCAGACAGCGCCAUACCGUCCAGCCCGGCGACAGUGUCAUUGAGAGGUAGCUUCGAGAACGAGAUCGAGUUCACGGGGAUCAAUCCGAAUCGCCAGGGUGUGAAAACUUCAAGUUUCCCCGCAGCGCCAACUUUGAGACCGCCCGCCCAGAGUCCUAAACCAUGUGUCUGGGCGGUUGUUCAGUGUUGCUCGCGCAACAACAGUCGUCUCGCCAAGUGUUUCGAGUCAAUGGGAUGCCCUGGACUUAAUUGGGACGCUAACCCGUGCAGACGUUCCGUCACGGAAGCCGCCAGAGCGGAAAUCAUGAAGUUCUACGCCGCCGCGGAGAACCCGUGAUACGUAAGAUUAGCCCUUUGCCCCGCAAGAAAGAAAGAGAAAGAUAGAGUGAAUGAGUGAAUGCGUACAUGUGCGUGUAUGUGCAACAGAUAGAUAGAUAAACAGAUCUUCUACGUAGCCUUCGACACUGACGAAAGAUCGCACAGAAAGUUUCGAGUUACUGUGAAUCAAUUCGUACGUGUGUUGUGUGCAUGUGACUUCUGCCUCGGCUCCGUACAAAUAUUUGUGUCGCUGGAUGGGAGAGCUCGGUAAGCAGACUACGGAUGUUUGCGGAACGAACGAUCUUGAUACUGUUACUAGUCGCGAUAUAUCGACGGUAGAUUUUAAUAAAUUAGAAAACCAAGGGAGAAAUUAUAGAAAAAUAUACGCGCGACGGAAAUUCUUUUCACGGUGCGCGAAGGGAUGUUUCACGCACGAGCUUAUGGAAAUCAUAGCAACAGUUCUUUUACACGUUACUCGAUGAAAGUUAACAGAGAACGGUUGAAUCAAGUUGAGUAAACCACGCUUAAAUAUUAUCGAUAUAGACGAGUAUUAAUAUCCAGCGACAGGAUUACUUCUAAUUGUUCAACUGAACCGAUCUUUCGUACAAGCACGUUCCGAAGGAGAAUGGAGUUCGAGAGCAAAGGGCGAUGAUUACGACCAACCGCAAACCAAAUAAAAUUCACACGUUAAAUUACCUUCGACGCGCCGAGUAACCAUGUAACAUCGCGUACCAUGUAACAAGAAAACUAUUGUACGUAUAUAAGAUAACGCAUUGUAUGUAUCUAGGGAUAGUAAUUAUUUCUCCAGAAUAAAAUCGCGAACUGAAAUAAUAUUUUUCUAUCCGCUUGUCUCAACGGUAGCGCGUGUCAGAUGGACGCUUAGUGCGUAAAUUAGUGAUAAACUGUAAGAGAUAUUUAAAAGUAUCAGCUUUUAACAUGUUUAGCAAGCAGUAUUUGUCUCGAGCAAUAUCUCAGAGAUCGAUAAUAUGUCUCGUGGAUUGAUAAUUGAGUAGUUACGAUUGGUAGCCGACAACUCUGGCACUGCCUCGCGUAUAGUUGUAAAAAGAGGUUUAAGAAAAAAAAAAGGAGCAUGACAACGUUCACGGACGCACGGUGCAUACGUAAAAUGCGCCGUGUCGAAGUGAGCGCGCGUUUAACUAAUGUAAAUGCUUUUCUUGUACGUACAUAGCCGCGUUGAGUUAUACUUUCUCGCAGCUUUUAUCACAUGUGAUAUAGGAGGUAGUCUCUAAUACGCUGUAACGUGACGACGAAUAUUUAUGUAUGUAACACACUCAGAGGAAGAGAGAGGUAGAAAGGUAGAAAAAGAAGAAGCAAUAAAGUUAUGCGGGACUUGUAUAACCCCAGAGAA